UCUGUAGACCAAGCUGUCCUCAAGCUCAGAGAUCCACCUGCCUCUGCCUCCCAAGAGCUGGGAUUUAAGGUGUGUGCUGCCACUGUUUGACUGAAAUCUCAAUUCUUGGCAGCCCAGAAUGAAAGAAAAUCUUUGGAAGUGCUUGUUCUUAGAAGUAAAAAGUCAGCCUGCUUUCUGACCACAAGGUGUCGCACUUAGUGUAGCAACUGAAGAUUGGAGGCUUGGUAGGUUAACCCUAAGACUACAUUCCUCUUCCAGUUUCUUUGGGUGCUACAGGACACUGUAUCCAGUGUAUUGCCUGCACUGACCCCAAAUAAAAGAUGACCUUUGUUCUAUUGGAUCAAGCAUGUCUAACCUUGUUUGUGUGUUGCCCUUCUUCGGAGAAGUCACUGGUGGGGCCAAUUGGCACCCUGGACUGCCCUCCAUUAGCUCUUCCUUGUAUAGUGAAAAGCCUCUUCCAAAGCUCACAUCCUAUUGAUAUUUAGGGAAAGGUACCUUGGAAGGAAACAUCUCAGCCCUGUCACCUCUUGUUCCUCUCCUUAGAAAAAAAACCUCCCAGGCAGCCUUUGGGAAUUUCUUUUUUAAUUGGGCCUCAUAUAGUUCAGGCUGGCCUGAAUUUACUAUGUAGCAGAGGCUGGCCUUGAAUUCUCUUGUCUGCCUCCUGGGUGCUGGGAUUUAUAGGCCUGACUGGCCUUUGGGAAUUUCAUUAUAGAAUGGUUAAGAGGGAGUACCCUCCUUGUAUAGUAGGUUCCUGUCAAGCUGUUUUCUAAGGACUUGGGGUGAGAGCCAGACAUUGGACCUGAUCCUCCUGGGGGUUGCUUUGGUCUUCUUGGUCAGGGUUCUUGUAAACCAAAGUAGGAUCCUUUUGGUUGUUUUCUAAGUUGUUUGUGGCAGGGAGAUGUUGAAGCUGAAAAACUGGUAACUUGAGUCCAUCCCCAGUCUUAAAAUGAGGUCCUUACUGUGAUAUCCCUGUGACAGGCCAAGUCUAGCCUCCUAGCCUACCUGCUUUACAAACUGCCUGCAAGGCAGAGCUGGGGAUAAUCCCAUUACCAGUCACACUAAGAAAGUUAUGCCACCAGGACAUAAAUAGACCCAGAAAAGCAGGGUGCUGCGUGUGUGAGGAGGAGGUCUUUGGGCUGAGGCACUUGCCCUCCUCAACCCUGAGCUUUGAACUCCAGGCAUAGAGGCUGAGUGGGUACAGGUCACUGCCAGGGAUCAAAUGCUGGUACUUCCUCAUCAUCCACAGUAGCCUCAGUAAACAUAAGGGCCAAAUUAACUUUUGAGGGCUUGAGGCAUUUAUAGUAUGUGUGGAACACUUCAACCUCUGCUGUUCAUUUCCCUGGGAGCUGGGAACAUGAGGGAUGGACACUUCCUUUACAUUCUCCCCCAUCCCAGUGUGUUUGUUAGGCUUCUCUGACAGGGUGUGGCUUGGAGUUGGGUUUGCUUGUUUGGCCACCUUUCACUUUCCUUUGGUGUGGGACUUGAAGGGGCUCUAUUCUAGAGAAUUCUGUUUACCAGGACCCAAUACUGUAGCAUGAAUCUUAGAGUCUUAUUAAUAAAAUCAAACCUGAGGCCAUUUAUUGGGGUGAAUGCUGGAAGGUCAGAGAAGCAGAACAAGCCACAGCUAACCUCACCUGGCCAACUUCUCAGCUGAUCUGUUUCCUCAGACUGGAUGCCUCUGAGUCCUUAUCCAGAAUGAAUCUCAGCUGAACUGCUGCUCAAAAACCAGCCAAAUGCUUUUAGUUUCUGGUCCUGACGCCUUAUAUUCCUUUCUGCCUUCUACCAUCACUCCCUGGGAUUAAAGGCUCAAUUUCUGGGAUUAAAGGCGUGAGUCACCAUGCUUGGCUGUAUCCUUGAACAGAUGGAUUUCUGCCUCUGGAAUACUAGGAUUAAAGGCAUGUGCUAUCACUGCCUAUCCUAAGUAUCUAGUGGCUUUUCUGUUCUCUGACCCGCAGAUAAGAACACAAUACCACCACACAAUACCACUGGAACCAGUGUGUUUUGUGGAUGCAGCUCCUGUUUCUUUAUAAAGCAGUUAGAACCAUUGGCUGGCUAUCUUAGCCACAGCUUUUACCAGUUGGAGGUCAUAUAGCUAUUGGGAAUCCUGCCUACUCUCACAAGGACCACUACCUCAGUCACUGAGGCCAAGGUACUCAUUGGCUUGGCUUGACCUCAGCCAACCAACUUGUAGCCUGAAGGUGAUUCAGAAGACCUCUAGGGACCUGUAUCACAAGUAAUGAAGGGAAAAUUACACUGGUCAGAGAUUGACAGGGAGCAGCUCUCCUUUGCAGUGUGGCCUGGGUCUGUGCUAGCUUCUUAGGAGACAGGCCUAGGGGACUGCCAGUGGAGGAGGGCAGGUAGAACUUGGCCCUGUGCCUGGUGUAGAGUAAAGAUAGACUGCCACGGCCAGCCUCUCCUUGCUGUGCCUUUUCACAGAGGUCAGUCUUGUAGGCCUUAUGUAAGCAGAGGAGGAUCACUGGCUGGGAGGGGCAAGCAGCCAGGUGAUGGAGAUGUUCUGCUUUUCCAGUGCCCUGUGUUGGGGGUUUAAGGUAGGGCAGCUGCAUCUGGGCUUGAAUGAGGUGUAUGUGGGAAGGUCUGGGAGAUUCGUAGACAGCUUCCUAAGUGAAUAAAUUAAAUCACUUGGGAUUCACUGCCCUGAAGGUGUGGGUACAAAAGAUACCACAGAGUUGAUGUUAACAGCACCCCUACUCCCACCCCCAGCUUAACUAAAUAGAAAUCUUGCUGAGAAGAGGCCAGGGACUACUUGUGCAGGCGAGAUGCAGUUCUGCGCCUCCCUACUUGUUAAAAGGAGUGAUGGAAUCACUGGUCACAGGGUCCCGCCCCUGCCCUGCCCCGCUCCGCCUUCCAGGCAGUAGAUGAGACCUGUGUGAACCCUCCCCUCGGAGCCUGAGAGGCUUAGGAAGGAGGGAGGGCUCAUUUGGUGGCGGGGCACCGGCAAGGGUACUAUGCAGGAGACGAGGCUGGUGGAGACAGUAGCUCUCUGCUCUGCUCUGGCUCAUCCUGCAGACAUGCACCAGCGGCAGCCGGGCUUGUCUCUGGUCCUCGCCCCCGCUCAGGGGCUUUGAAUGUGGCUGCCCCCAUGAGAACACUGGCCUGGGCUCCUAUCACUAAGCCUCUCCCUUCGGAAAUUGAGCCAUGUGGGCCUGGGCCACAGCAGCCCUCCUCUGGCUGCAGACUGCAGGAGUUGGAACAUGGCAGGAACCCAAGAGGCUUCAACAGCUGGCCAUUCAUGCGGAGUCCCCUAAUAUUACCACACCCAACCACAAGGGAUUGCCAGGCUUCUUCAAGCCACCAGAGGCCUCUGGACCUGAGCUCUCAGAUGCCCACAUGACAUGGCUGAACUUUGUCCGCCGGCCAGAUGAUAGGCCCUCUAGGAAACGGUGCCGUGGUCGGGAUAAGAAGUCGCGAGGCCUCUCGGGUCUCCCAGGGCCCCCGGGACCCCCUGGCCCUCCUGGUCCCCCUGGUUCCCCUGGUAUGGAAGUCACCCCAGAGGCCUUGCUUCAGGAAUUUCAGGAGAUGCUGAAAGAGGCGACGAAACUUCGAUUCUCAGGGCUGCCAGAUACAUUGUUACCCCAGGAACCCAGCCAGCGGCUGGUGGUUGAGGCCUUCCACUGCCGCUUGAAAGGCCCUGUGCUAGUGGACAAGAAGACACUGGUGGAACUGCAAGGAUUCCAGGCCCCUACUGCCGAGGGUGCCUUCCUGCGGGGAUCUGGCCUGAGCCUGGCCUUGGGCCGAUUCACAGCCCCAGUCUCUGCCAUCUUCCAGUUUUCUGCCAACCUGCACGUGGACCACAGUGAGCUACAGGGCAGAGGUCGGUUGCGUACCCGGGACACUAUCCGUGUCCUCAUCUGUAUUGAGUCCCUGUGUCAUCACCACACGUCCCUGGAGGCUGUAUCAGGCCUGGAGAGCAACAGCAGGAUCUUCACAGUGCAAGUUCAGGGGCUGCUGCAGCUACAGUCUGGACAGUAUGUCUCCGUGUUCGUCGACAACAGUUCUGGGGCAGUCCUCACCAUCCAGAACAGCUCCAGUUUCUCCGGACUGCUUUUGAGUACAUAGGGGAGCUGAAGAGAUGAUGAUUGAGGAGCCAACGCCUUGUUUCUUAGAGGAGCUGCAAAGGACUGCACCCCAGUUAAUAGUUGUCAUAGCAAUAAAGAGCUCCAUAUUUCUCCACCA